CAGACAGACAGACACUGAUUCCUGAUUUCAGAGCUACCCGAGCCUGGGUGCUCGGUGGUGUUCCACAAGCGCAGCACGCCCCACUGGACUUUCCGCGCUGGUGUUUACACGCAAAUUCCGAGUUAGUGACUUUGCAAGUGUUACAGUAACUUUUCAGUCCGCUCUGUUAAGAUUGAUUAGUAAUUCCCAUACAAAUCACACAACCCCAGAUAAAUUCUGCGCAUGCUCAGGGCAAGGGUCUUCACCUGGGCACGGUCCUUUUGACCUGUAAGUGUGAUUUUUAGUAUUAUGAUGAAGACAGUUCAGGUCUAGGACACAUGGACCUUGAGUAUUUUGCCAAGUUAGCAAUGUCAUCCCUAAAGCUUAUUAGUUCCAGAAUGUCCUUGAGUAAGGGAUGCUGGCUGCUGCCUGUUCCACUGAUUAGCCCUCCUUUCUUGCUGAUUAGGCUUGAAAGUAUACAAAAAUCUAACAUCAAAGAACAUCCUGACUUUAGAUAAUCUAGAGACACAUUCCACAUUUUGCAACAAUGACGGUGCGGUGCCGGAUCAAGAACUUUGGCCACCCAACACAGCCCCACUCCCUGCCUGAAGCCUUGGCUGUUCCCAUGGAGAGAUCAUCUCUUCCCCAGUGGAUCCUUUCUGCUCCUGGGCUGUGAUUCCCAAGCCAUCAGCAUGCCUGUGCUGCUGUCCUUGGCCACCAUCUGUCAGCCCUUUCCAAAGGUCGCUUGGUGCUUGCCUCCCCUCCUCAGCGCUGGCCUGCAGCCAUUCCCACCAUUCCUGGUCCUGCAGCCCUUACUUCGCUUGUUUCUGUUGUCUCCUUCCUGAGGAGCCUGAAAGGAAAAGAGGAAACUCCAGUCUUAUUGGUUCCUAAUGGGAACUCUGCUCUGGAUGCUGCUGGCAGAUAGCAGCAGGAGCAGGCAAGUCUGUGCAGUGCAAUUGCUUGCACAGGUGAUUACACCCUCAAGAACGUCUGCUACAGCAGAUCCGACUCCAACACCACCCAAAUCCACACCCAGCACACUUACUUCUCCUGGGGGCCAUAGUCUGGCCACUACGAUGGAAAGAAACAUCAUUGCUUUCUCCCCUCCAUGCUCUGUGUCACCUGAAACCUCAUCUUCCAAACCCGGGGCCCCUUCACUACCUUCCAUGUAUUUCUUUGGUGAUCACCAAAUGCGGAAGCACUCAAUACCCAGGCAAUAGGCAGUUCUGUCCCCUCUGCCAGGCUGAGCAACAGAUAUGUCCCACUGGGCACAUCCAGAUGGGAUGGACCCAUCCCCACAACUUUCCUCUGGGUAAUGCAGGAGACGUGCAGCCUCAUGUGCCAAAACGUCAGAGACCUCUUGAUCCUCACGGGACCCUGGCUCUCUUUGGAGCAGGCGAGGGGCCAGGGCUGGUGCUGGCACUGUCCCUGUCCCCGUGGGCGCCCAGAGCCACACCCUGGGCUGUGCGGCUCCUCUUCACGCCGAGCAGGCGGCAAUCCUGCCAUGUGUCACCGCCCGGCGCGGAGGCUGCGGGGAUGGCUGCGCUGGCUCGGAGCGUCCUGGUGACGGGGUCCAACCGGGGCAUCGGGCUGGAGCUCGUGCGGCAGCUCGCUGCCAGCCCCUGGCCCCCCCAGCACAUCUUUGCCACCUGCCGUGACCCCGAGGGUCCGAGAGGGAAGGCCCUGAAAGAAUUAGCUGCCCAGCACACCAGCAUCAAACUGGUCCAGCUAGACACAGUGAACCUGCCCAGCAUCCGAGGGGCCGUGGGGGCUGUGGGGUCUCAUCUGAAGGACCAGGGCUUGAACCUGCUCAUCAACAACGCAGGUGUCAGCUCACACGCCACGCUGCACUCCCUGGAUCCCCAGGAGAUGCUCGCCGUGUUUGCCACCAACGUGGUUGGGCCACUGCAGGUUACCAAGGAAUUCCUGCCGCUCCUGGAGCAGGCGGCGAAAGGCGCAGGGAAGGAGGGGCUGAGCUGCAGCAGGGCCGCGGCCAUCAACAUCUCCACCAAACUGGCAUCCCUCGGGCUGUGCCUCGGGGUGCCGGAGGCCCCCAUGUACCCGUACCGUGCCAGCAAGGCUGCCCAGAACAUGGUGACAAGGUGCUUGGCUGCAGAGCUCCAGGACAAGGGGAUCCUGUGUGUGGCCAUCCAUCCUGGCUGGGUGAAGACUGACAUGGGGACGGAGAAGGCACCGCUGACGGUGGAGCAGAGCGUGCGGGGCAUCCUGACCGUGCUGGCCAGCCUCUCGCAGGACGCCUCCGGAGCCUUCCUCGACUGGGAAGGAAACUGCCUGCCCUGGUGACGGACAGAUGGAUGGUUUCUCUUGCCCAUGCCGCAGCCUCCCGCUCGCUGACUCACCUCUCUGAGUGGUCACCCUGCUUGCCCUCAGCCCACCUUGGGCUGUCAGGGAGAGGGGAAGGGAUUGGGAAGCAGGGUCUCUCCCCUUCUCCACCCUCUGCAUGACCCUGUAGUCUCUCUGUACCCCCCACCUCUGUAAAGUCUGUGAGCUAAUGUCUCUCUGCUCUGUCUCCACACACCCAGCCUCAAACUCCCCACCCGAGCCCGGCACAUGCUCGCUGUGCACUUCCCAAGUGCUGUGUGUCUGUCUGUCCCACCUGUGACCAGGCAUCCCCCAGCUGAGGGGAGAGGGCAGCUGGUCCCCGUGACACCAGCCCCUUGGGCAGCCCAGGCUGAGCAUAGCCCUGGGGUGCCCUGCAGCUGGAGAGGGGGAAAGCCAGCCCUGCAGGUGUUCAGAAGAUCUUUUGGCUCCAUGGAAGGGUCUCUGCCCUGGCUCCUCCAGUGCCUCCUGGAGGAGAGGUCUCUAGAGGGUUGUUGCAGUGUCAUGGGACCUGUCACUCAUGGGGGUGCAACAACAGCCAUGGAUCCAAUGGCAGUUGUGGGAUUGAGGAGGGGGGCAACCAGGAAGGGGCCACCCCAUGAGCUGGCAAUGCACAGCAGAGCUGAGGGCUCUUGACAGGGGUUUAUUGAGGAUGUGGGGCAGAUGGGAGCAGCAGCAAAGGGUCCCGCUGCCAGGAUCCUGAACUGGUGUCUCACCAGGGCACGACCUUCCCUUCCCAGUCCAGGAAGGUGCCGGUGUCCUUCUCGGAGAGGGAGGAGAGCACCUUCAGCAUCCCUGUCACGCUGUCGUCCACUGUCACGGGGGGCUGUGGGGCAAAGGGGGAGAGGCAGCCUGUGCCCAAGGCCUGGCUGAGGGCCCUGGAGCAGCUGGAGCCAGGGGAAGGACCCACUCCAAGGCAAGGGGAAAACCGACAACCUCAGGCAGAGGGGCUGAGCAGGGAACCGAGGGGAUGGGGGCACCCAGCACCCGGAACAAGGAUAGGGAGAGCUGUCCUGGCAGAGAUCAGGUAGGAUGGGAAGUUGUGUGCAGGGAAUCAGGGCAGUAACUUCCAACCAUGGAAAGUCAGCACAUGGGCUCUGACAGAGCCACCAUGGUAUAAUUCCUACCGUGUGUCCAGCAGAGCUGCCCAUGUCAGUUUGCACCCAGCCAGGAUGGAGAGCAACACAGAAGAUGCCGUGCUCCUUGUAUGCCAGGGACUGGCACUUGCUCAGCAUGUUCAGAGCAGCCUGUG